CACCAUCAUCGCCGUCAUCGCCAGCAGCAGCAACAGCAGCAGCAACAACAGCAGCAACAGCAGCAAGAAAAGAUGAGCAACUUGGUCUCUUUUUUUCGACCUCUCUUCCGGCUGUGACUCUUGGCACCCCGCUGCCAUUUCUUUCUUUUGUGUUCUAAUCCUUCGUCCUUUUUUCUUUAUUCCUCCAUGCAUAAAAUCACAGACACAAACACAAACUUGCUGCACCCUUACACACUCUCAUUGUCACCAUCGUCCUCCUUCUCCUUCCGUGCAACGCAACAAACAAACCGUGCCUCGUGGGCAGCGCGCCUUGGGAAAUCCCUGUGUCCCUCUACCCCUGCCCCCCGCUUCCCUCUUUUUCCACCCACUCCUCUCCUUUCGUCCUGUACAUGCACACUCUCGCUACUUCAUGUCCCUCCGCUCGCACUUUUGACACUCUUCAUACUGCAAAACCACUCUUUGCUCACUGUACAUUAUCAUCAUGCAUUCUUCUCAUAUAAAGCCAUCCAGCAGUGGCAGCAGCUCCAGCCAUCCCAACAGUAGCAGCAGCAGGACCAGCAAUAGCAACAGCAACGACGCCGAGGCCGACCCACGGUCGGUGCCGGCUCGUCUCUCAGCAGGCAUGAUGCCCUACUUUAUACCCCCUCAACCUCAAGCAGCCCAGCGCCAUUCAAGCGACGAUUCACACUCGCCCUUCGACCCAACGCUGAUGACGCCGCCAAUGUCACCAACAGAGAGUAGUUUCGGCUUCGAGUCAAGUUCAACGAUCGAGGGUCGAUUCUCAGCCUUGCCCCCAUCGUCAAAUCCCCAAGCAUUCACUCCGUUCGAUCAAAAGUCUCCCUGGACACCAGUGACCAACUCCUCCGUACACGGAUCACUUUCUUCCUCUACUUCGACGACACCACUGUCAGUCUCUGGGUCUACCACGGGUGUCUCUCCUCGACCUCUAUCUUUCAAUUGGGAGCAAUAUGACGGCUUUGAGGACGAUGAAGACCAGGACGAUCAGGACUCUAAUAAUGAGGCUGAAGGCGAUACGCAGAACCAAAGGAGCAUGACAUCCAAAGCCCCGUAUCAUCGCCAAUUCGAGGGCCAUCAUUCGACGGUGCGACGCCGCCCGUACUUAGGAAGGGAACCCUCCGAGGAAAGAUACGAUUCCCUUCGCCAUGGAAUUGGACUGGGCGUAUCGGACAUGAGCGAGGAGCUGGCCAAAGCUCGAUCAAAAAUGAGUCGGGCCAGUCGGGCCAUGAAGAGCAUGGAGCAGGAGCUCGAAGCUAUGCAAAUGAGCAUCGGUAUGGGUCCCAGCUGCUCGAUAUUAUUUUUAUUUCAGCACGAGGUUCUGCUCUGCUUACUUAUUGUAUCGCUUAUGCCUUAUCUUUCUAGACCAAAGCAAGGUAUCGAGUGCUUCAACUAGGUCAGCGAUCGAGGAGAACUUUUGGCGGCUCGAAUGCUUGGCUCUAACUAUCGAGAAAGACAGACAGGACACGAACAAGCGGCUCCAAGCACUCGGGAGAGAAAGUAACGAGGUAUGAUGCUAUUCCAGAUCUGGCAAUCUUAUGAAUUGGUUUGCGCAGCCACGGGUGCCCUUGAUCCGUGUCUUCCGCAUAAACUAACCGCGGCACUCCUCCGACUACAUAGGCGCUCGAAACAGUGACAAAC